CCUGGCUGAGCCCUAGUCGCAGAGGCCCAGCUCCCCGGACCUGGUGGAGGUAGCAGCGACAGCGACAUGGCCGUUGCCUCUGAGGACAAUGUAUAUCACAGUUCAAAUGCUACCUACAGAGCCUUGAGCAGCCCUCGCAAAGCUGACCAGGAAGCCCUGCUGGGGAAGCUACUAGACUACCCAGCCCCCGGCCUGCAGAGGCCAGAGGACCGCUUCAAUGGUGCCUACAUCAUCUUCUUCUGCCUGGGAAUUGGGAGCCUACUGCCCUGGAACUUUUUUGUGACUGCCAAGGAGUACUGGGCAUUUAAACUCCGCAAUUGCUCCCGCCUGGCGUCAGGGAGGGACUCCGAAGACACAGACAUCCUGAACUACUUUGAGAGCUACCUGGCAGUCGCCUCUACUGUGCCCUCCCUGCUAUGCCUCGUGGCCAACUUCUUGCUUGUCAACAGGGUCCCGGUGAAUGUCCGUGUUCUGGCCUCGCUGUCCGUCUCACUGGCCAUCUUUGUGGUUAUGAUUGUUCUGGUGAAGGUGGAUACUUCCUCCUGGACCCGGGGCUUCUUCGGUGUCACCAUCGCGUGCAUGGCCAUCGUCAGCGGCUCCUCCACAAUCUUCAACAGCAGCGUGUAUGGUCUGACAGGCUCGUUUCCCAUGCGGAAUGCCCAGGCAUUGAUAUCAGGAGGAGCCAUGGGAGGGACGGUCAGUGCCGUGGCCUCACUUGUGGACCUGGCAGCGUCCAGUGAUGUGCGGGACAGCGCCCUUGCCUUCUUUCUCACAGCAGCAGUCUUCCUUGGGCUCUGCGUGUGGCUCUACCUUCUGCUGCCCCGGCUGGAGUAUGUCAGGUACUACAUGAGGCCGGUUGUCCCAGUCCACGUGGUUUCUGGUGAAGACGACCCAUCACAGGACACUCCCAGUGACUCCUCGGUAGGCUCUGGGUCAGGAGUGGUACACAUGGUACACACGCCACCCCUGGGACCUAUCCUGAAGAAGACAGCUGGCCUUGGGUUCUGUACUGUCUUCCUCUACUUUGUUACUGCCCUCAUCUUCCCUGCCAUCUCCACCAACAUCCAGUCCAUGCACAAGGGCACCGGCUCUCCGUGGACCUCCAAGUUUUUUGUGCCCCUCACGGUCUUCCUGCUUUUCAACUUUGCCGACCUCUGUGGCCGACAGGUCACAGCCUGGAUCCAGGUACCAGGUCCUCGGAGCAAGGUGCUCCCCGGACUGGCACUGUUGCGUGUCUGCCUCGUGCCCCUCUUCCUGCUCUGUAACUACCAGCCACGAUCACACCUGACUGUGGUGCUUUUCCAGUCUGACAUCUACCCGGUGCUCUUCACCUGCCUGCUGGGGCUCAGUAAUGGCUACCUCAGCACACUGGUUCUCAUCUACGGACCCAAGAUCGUGCCCCGGGAGCUGGCUGAGGCCACCGGUGUGGUGAUGUCUUUCUAUAUGUGUGUGGGCUUGAUGCUGGGUUCUGCCUGUGCAGCCCUGCUUGAACACUUUAUCUAGGAAGGGCAGCAAGAAUUGGGUACUGGGUGAGGCUUGGGCCCUUGGGAGACAGAUGCACAGGACAAGCCGAGGUCUCAGAUGGUGUUAAGCAAAGGGCUGGUGUUUCGUUUGGUGCAGAGCAGAGCCCACUCAGGCUGCCUUUCUCUAAGGGUGCUUUUGAGCCACAUCCUUGCACAGGAUGGCAUUCCAGACAUAGACCAGCUAGGUGGCUCGUACCUGUAAUCUCAGCAUUCAGGAGGCUGAGUUGAAGGAUUGUUGCAAGUUCGAGGCCAGUCUGGCUACACAGUGAAAUCCUAUCUCAAAAAAUAAGCUAAAACAAACAAAAAACCCCUGAGACAUUCCAAACACUUCAAGAGAACACUCCAGAGCCAUUUGAAGGAUACAGUUGUAGCUAGGAUACAGUGUUUGUUUCACGUUCACAGAGCCCUGACUCCCAUCCCUAGCACUGCAUAAACUGGAUGUGUUAGUGAAAGCCUGUAAUCCCAGCACUUGAGGGGUGGAAGCAGGAGGGUCAGAAGUUCAUGGUUGCCCUCAGAUACAUAGGGAAUUUGAGGCCAAACUGGGCUACAUGAGACACUGUCUCAAAAAAAUAAAAAAAUACAGUUGUAAAGAGAGGGUAUGUUGUGGCUAAUAAGUAGCUUAACUUAUUGUUAAGAAGUGUCUAACCAGUGCUGUCACAGGUUAGAACCCAGUCUCAUUCUUUCCAACUGACAACAGGGUGAGAGAGAAUCUUUAGUGGUCCCUAUACUGAAAGAGACUCCUGGAUUUGAGGUCCCCUCUGCAAUGGCUAGUACUCAGACUUAGAGCCCAAGUAUGUGCUGAUUCCCUGGCUCCGUGGUUGAGAGUUGAUCAACCAUCUGAAAAGCCCCACAAGGCGGGCUUCCUAACCCUCCCUGCUUGAGGCCUGGUUCUCCUGAAUUCUCUCUGUGUCAGGGACUGGACCUGGUAGGCUGGUCCCCAGAUGAGGACCAUGUGACUCUGUUGCCUAUUUAGGGCAGGGGAAGUCUUUUUGACAGUCAUGUUUACAGCCUGUUGGGGCUCUUGGUUCAAGGGCAUAAUAAAUA